AGAAAAUGGCGAGCGUACUAAAAGGGACCGCGAUUGAGGCUUUCUGGGCCGGCACAUCCUUCCUUCUAACGUCUACUGUUUUCCAACCGGUCAUGGGUUCCUUCAGCCACAUAUUCGGACGCAAGCCUUUGAUUCUGAUCAGUCUGGUCUUCUUCGUUGUCGGAGCUAUCAUCGCGGCUGUCGCAAACAAUUUCACAGUGAUUCUGGUCGGCAGAAGCAUUCAAGGUACGGGAGGCGGUGGUAUCAUAUGCCUGUCUGAGAUCGUGAUUACCGACCUAGUACCUCUGCGUGAACGAGGCAAGUGGUUCAGUUUCCUCAGCGCCAUGUGGGCUGUCGGUACUGUUGCUGGUCCUCUAUUAGGUGGCGGUUUCUCUCAGAAUGUGACUUGGAGGUGGAUCUUCUGGAUCAAUCUUCCUUUUGCUGGCGUUGGCACCGCCCUCGUCAUCCUCUUCUUACACCUCAACCACCACACCAACUCCUUCAUGUCCAAGCUCCGCCGAAUAGACUGGGUUGGCAUGGUUCUCUUCAUCGCUUCAACUACGGGAUUUUUGAUCCCAAUUACAUGGGGUGGCGUCCAAUAUCCUUGGGACAGCUGGAGGACCCUCGUGCCCCUGAUUCUCUGCGCUAUUGGUUUUGUCGCCUUCAUUUUACAUCAAGAGUACAUCGCAUCCGAGCCCCUCAUUCGGACCAGCAUCUUCAAGAACCGCUCCGCCGCGGUAACAUUCUUCCAGGACUUCGUCCACGGCAUCAUCCUCUGGAGUUUAUUAUAUUAUAUGCCCCUAUACUACGAAGCCGUCAAGGGCUUCUCUCCCAUUCUCUCUGGCAUCGCCAUGUUCCCCCAAACCUUCACCGUUGCACCCGCCGCAAUGGCCGUCGGCGCCGGUAUCGCCAUCUCAGGCCGCUACCGCUGGGCCAUCUGGUCCGGCUGGGUUCUGACCACCUUCGGCACGGGUCUGCUCAUCUACAUCAAAGUCGAAACCAGCACCGUCGCCUGGAUCUUCCUCAACCUCGUUUCUGGUCUGGGGACAGGCAUUCUAUUCCCCAGCAUGGCCAUUACUGUGCAAGCAUGCUCCUCCAACGAAGACCAGGCCUACGCCGUCAGCAUGUUCUCCUUCCUACGCGCCUUUGGCCAGACGGUCGGCGUUGCUAUCGGCGGCACCAUCUUCCAGAACCAGAUGAAGAAAAAUCUGCUCGGCUACCCUCUUUUGGCUGAUAACGCCGCGGAGUAUUCCAAGGAUGCAAGUGGCUUGGUGCAGAUCAUCAAGUCUAUGCCGAAUGGCGAAACGAAACACCAACUACUCGUCAGCUAUGUCGACUCCCUGAGAUACAUCUGGAUCGUCAUGUGCGCCUUCGCAGCCCUGGCGCUGAUCUCAAGCUUCUUCUUGCAGGCCUUCCCGCUAGAUCGCGCGUUGGAGACUGAGCAGGGGUUUCAGGAUAAGAGCAAGACGAAGGAUGAAGAGAAGAACGAGACAUCCCCAUAGAACUUUUCUCGGUUGUAAUGUUUCUAGUAGCGCAUACAUCGCAUACUGGCUAGGAUAGACUUCUUGCAUAGAACCGGAGUUUUGGGACUCUCAUUAGACGAGUUACGAAUGGUCAGAAGUAUAUGCCAUAUUCUUCUGGGGGGUCUACAGCAUCUCCACGGAGAUAGAUACCUGUAAUAUAAUAUCAACACUCUUGCUUGACACCGUC